GCAACAUAAGCUGGUUUUGAAUUUUGAAGGCGCCAAUUUGGCGCUCUGCUCCAUUCUUCGAUCAGCUCAAAGGACAGCGCUCCGUAAGACAACCGUAGAUCCAUGUCAAGUGCGCUGCAGAAGGAGACAACGGAGGAGCAUCAGGAGAUGAAGCUGGACCAAGCUCCGUCGCCCUCCCAGUCGUCGGAAAAGCAGACACAGGACACCGAGACAGAGGAGGAAGGCGUGACCACCAUGGACCAGCAGAAAACCGACGAGAAUCAAGAAGAGAACGUGGAGGCGCAGCAGGAAGAGAAUAAUGCAGAAGAAAAACAGGAGGAUACUAUGGAUAAAGAAGGCGAAAAGAAGACACAAGAGAAAAAGACACCGGCGAAAGCCAUGACGCCCAUGGAAAAGAAAACGCCAAGCCAGGCGACAUCUGCGUCCAAGUCCGCCACUAAGAGGAAAUUCGACGCUCUCCACGCUCGCAAUGCAACUGCUGCGCCUUCCAUUUCAGAGCACGAGAAGAACAAGAAAGCUCGCGCCUCAGCCUUGAUGAAGACACCCGGUACGAAGCCUAAUGGAGUUGCCAAGAAGACUCCGACCAAGCCGAAGGAAUUCUCCUUCGCGAGACCAACAGCGUCUUCCGCUAGUCGCACAACUGCAAUCGCCAGGGAUCACGCGCACCCAAAGACGACACCGACGCAUCCACCCGCUCGCAAGCCGCUGCACCCCAGAAACACUCCAGCUAAUGCCCAACAAACAUCGACGCCGGCUCCCAAGACUCCGACGGACAAGACAUCGCGUCCCCACUUCAACUACACGCCGUACACUGGGCCCUUGCCGCCUUUGACCGUCGAGUCCAGCUUUGCGCCCAAGGGCUCACAGAAUAUGAGCCAAGGGAACACGAAAUUGCCUUCAUCUGCACGUAAACCCCGCCCAGCGUCGGUGCGGAAGACGCCGCAGAGCUCGACUGGUAAGGAAAACAAUGGUGUGAGUACGGAUGGAGAUGCAGCUACUAACGCAGCUUCCAGCAGCAAGGCAAACCGAGCCUCCGUCAAGUCCAGCGAGACCGUGACCAAGGAGAAGACCCGAUCGGCGUUCAAGGAGAAGGUCAAGGCUCAACGCUCGCUGUCGCAACAGGCUUCACGCUCCACUGCGGAGCCGACGGCAUAGCAGACUGCCAAUGCAAUACUCUUCUCUACGGGGGCACUAAAUAAAUAAUCAUUCUCUUUCUUAGUAUCGACACAAAUACUUGGG